AUGAAAACUCGUAGGAAGCUCGGUGGUGAUUGUGGUGGCGACGUCCUUAUUUCAUGGCGGAAGUUUUUCUGGUUUGUGAUCCUGUUUGUCUUCUCCUUCGUUCUCUUCUCUACCAUGUUCAUCUUCAAAGGGAAGUUCCGUCCGGGGAUACGUUCGACGAUAAGUUUCUCAAAAGCGAGGCCGGUUCUCGGUGAGUCUGUAACGCUUUCUCCGGUAGUUUCAAUUCGUGAAACGGUAAAAUUACCUGAGCAAACGCUGGUUUUCCUAAAAUACCCUCAGUCUCUUCAGUUAUUUACCAAGGAGGAUCUCGUUUGCGUUUUCUCCGCCGGUGGCAAUUCGCCGAAGCAUUGGAAGGAGCAUCCGACGGCCGUGGACAGCGACAAAUUCGGCGGACAGAUCGUACGGUGCCCUGGAACGCCACAUGGCUACACCAUUUCGCUUGCCAUCUCGAGAUGGACGACGGAUGAUCACCUUCUCGCUGGGCCCACUCACCAGUGGGAUUGGCUAGUUUACGACGCCGUGAUCGACCACGAUACUUCCACCGUGGUUUUCGUCAAGGGGCUGAAUCUACGACCGGGAAGAGUUGCUGACGUGUCGAAAUUCGAGUGCGUGUACGGCUGGGAUUUCGCGAAACACAACCGGUUAAUAAGAUCAGACGUCAUCUCAGCCGCACAAGAGAUUAUACGGUGUAGAACACCAUUGGCUGUGUUAGACGGCCCAAAAUCAGCCCAUGGGCCUGUUAAAGUCUCGGUUAGAAUCAAAGGAGGAGGACCCGGGAUGCUUCCUUCGAUAGCUCAACCGGAUCGGACUCUGGGUCGGAUCAUUCACCCGCCAAGAAAGAAACCGUUCGAAAUGUGCGUUUGCACAAUGACGCGAAACGCAGCCGCGGUUUUAAGAGAGUGGGUGAUGUACCAUGCCGGGAUCGGCGUUCAACGGUGGUUCAUCUACGACAACAACAGCGACGACGACAUAAUCGCCGAGAUCAACGAUCUCGAAAGCCGUGGCUACAACAUCUCGAGACAUUUCUGGCCGUGGAUUAAGUCUCAGGAAGCCGGAUUUUCCAAUUGCGCGAUCCGAGCACGGAACGAUUGCGAUUGGAUCGCGUUCAUCGACGUCGACGAGUUCUUCUACAUCCCCUCAGGCCAAUCCUUAACUAGCGUCAUCAGAAAUUACACUGCCUCCGAUGAGAUCGGUGAAAUCCGAACGCCGUGCCACAGUUUCGGCCCGUCGGGUUUAAGAAACCAGCCUCGGGAUGGAGUCACGGUGGGAUACACGUGUCGUGUAAUAUUGCCGGAGAGACACAAGAGCAUACUCAGGCCGGAAUCGAUGAACGCGACGCUGAUCAACUUGGUGCACCAUUUCCAUCUGAAAGACGGAUUCACGUUUGCUGACGUGGAUAAGAGUGUUAUGGUAAUUAACCACUAUAAAUACCAGGUUUGGGAGGUCUUCAAGGAGAAGUUUUACCGGAGAGUCGCGACUUACGUGGCGGAUUGGCAGAACGAGGAGAAUGUCGGGUCGAGAGAUCGGGCACCCGGGUUGGGAACCCGACCCGUAGAGCCACCCGAUUGGGGCGAGAGAUUCUGUGAGGUUAGAGAUACAGGGCUUAGAGAUCAGGUGUUGGCAAAAUUCAAGGAUAAUAAAACGCAGCUAUUGAAGUGGGAAAGAGAGGAAGACGAAGUUAGAAGUAAAAUGGGCUCAUGGGCCCAUAAUACGAUAGGUCGAAAGAUUAGAAAAACAGCUUAG